AUGCAUUGGAAUUCCCUCGUCUUAGCGGUCUUCGUAGCCGGUGCAAAUGGGUUGCUUCGUUUUUCUUGCUCCGAACUAGUGACUGAGCGUCUGGAUCCUCUGGUGAACCCCGGUGUCACUGAAUCUCCGCAUUUGCACCAAGUAAUUGGAGGAAAUGCUUUCAAUGUUACGAUGGACCCUAGUAACAACAUCUCGACAAUCGCAACAUGCACGACUUGCACAUUCAGCGAGGACCUGUCGAAUUAUUGGACAGCUGUGAUGUACUUUCGUGCUCGCAAUGGAACAUUCAAGAGAACAGCAAACGGUGGUGGCAUGACCGUGUACUACUCACCUCAGUCGAAAGGAAAGGUGACGGCAUUCAAACAAGGCUUCCGUAUGCUGAUCGGAAAUUCCAUGGCUCGAAAUGCUUCUCAGGUCUCUCAAUUUCGCCAGCUUACCUACACUUGUCUCCAAAAUGCCAAUACUCGAACUGGUGAAACAACAGCCUUCCCAACUAAGCCGUGCCCAGCAGGAAUUAUGGCGAAUCUACGUUUCCCCACAUGUUGGGAUGGGGUAAACCUCGACAGCGAAGACCAUAUGAGCCAUGUCGCCUAUCCCAGCAGUGGCACCUUUGAGAACAAUGGUCCAUGUCCAGCCACACAUCCUGUUCAAAUUCCCCAGCUGUUCUACGAGGUCGUCUGGGAUACGACCAAAUUCAACGACAAGUCUCUGUGGCCUGAAGACACGACUCAACAGGCUUUUGUUUGGAGUCAAGGCGAUCCCACCGGAUAUGGCACCCAUGGUGAUUACGUCUUUGGUUGGAAAGGAGAUGCUCUGCAAAGGGCGAUGGAUGCAAACUGUAACAUCAACUGUCCAACAUUGAAGACUCAGACGAUUGCGCAAGAAAACAAAUGUACCAAGAACCAAUACAUCACGGAAGAGAUAGACUCUUGGCUCCCUCAGCUUCCAGGAGGCAUGCAGAUUACGACGUCUUAG